UUUUUCUCUUUCCCCCAAUCUCUCCCUCUCUCUCACACACUCUCUCUCCCUCCUUCUCUCUCUCUGACUCUCUGAUACGCUGAGAGUGGAGAGGAGGGAUUUUAUUUGAAUGCUGAUCUGUUGCUGUUCGCAGGACUCUGAGUUUACUCUCUGUCUGGAGUGUGUGCUGGAUGAAAACAGCAGUGUGUGUUCACAGACUAUUGCAGGAGGAAAAGGAUGAGCAGCUCUUUAGAAAAGAAGCACUUAUUACAUGUUUGUAAUGGUGAAAACUGAACAGGACCUGCAUGGAAGUAUUCCCAGAGCACACUGUUGAUUACGAGUCUGGCGCAGUGGUGGGAACCGUAUGCAGUGGAGACUGAGAUGCAGGAAGAAGGAAAAACCACAUAUAUCCAAACAUCACUAUUUCAAACUUUUUUUCACUAUUAGGACAGAGUUUGUUCUUCUCAGUUUGCAUGGUUAGGACAUUGUGGCAGACGAGAACGACCAAAAGCAUUUGAGGAUCUAGAUCACCAUGGCUGGACAACGUUUCCUGCUACACAUUGCCCUCGCUGCUUUGCUUGGGUGGGCCUCGCAGGCCCAGGAUGAGACAACCACAGAGAUGGACAUGCAGCUGGCCAAUCAGACGACAGACUCCACAGUGACCUCGGUGACAGCAGAAGGAGCUGUGGUACUGAGCUCACCUGCAGGAGAGGUGGAAGAGGAAACCAUCCCGCCCAUGGGGACCCGUUGCCAGGGCUACUAUGAUGUGAUGGGCCAGUGGGAUCCACCCUUUAACUGCACCGCAGGCAUCUUCCUGUACUGCUGCGGCACCUGCUUCUACCGCUUCUGCUGCCAAUUCCGUCAGCAGCGGCUGGACCAGACCUCGUGCUCCAACUACGACACACCCAUCUGGGCCAACACAGGCAAACCAGUGGCCACCAUCACGGAGGGGCAGUCUGAUCACGAGCGGGACCGCACCCACAUGAUCGUCUACAUCAUCUGUGGUGUGGUGGCCAUCAUGGUCCUGGUGGGCAUCUUCACCAAGCUGGCCCUGGAAAAGAGCCGAGGGGGUCAAAAUGACCUCAGUAACUCCAGGACUCUGCAGGAGCUGCUGAAGCAGCCAGGUGGAGAGCUGACCCCUGUGGAUGGAGCCACUAGCAGCACCUCCCCUACCGGAGCCAAUGGUGUCUCAGCUAGGAUGCUCCGCAGCCGCAGUGAGCAGUACCACCUCAACAACAGCAACUUCUCCUCCUUUAGCCCCACAGUCGGGCUCCCUCAUCCCCAAAGCAAUAUCAGCCUGCCAGGCCUUGCACUCAACAAGUACACCUCACUGAAGGCAGUGGCAGACACAGCUGCAAGAAGUUAUUACAAGAGCUAUCCACUCAUGGACUUCUCUCAGUACCAAACACCGCCUGCAACUUUCCAGCCCAUUCCACUGCACCCCAAAGACAAGUCUUAUUUGCAUCAGGAAAAGUCCUACAUGCAUCAGGCACUGCCAUCCCAUGACAUCCACUCUCCCCUUUCCAUUUCAAUUCCCAGCAGCCACCUGGAGCGGACCCGCAUCCCGAAGACCACCACUCACCCUCUGCUCUCUGGAUCAGCCUUUAAAGCCUGGGACUCUGGGCCCAGGCACGUUCUCCAGCAGACCUCGCACCCCACUCACACUGGUCGUCGGCAGACCUAUGAUGAUGGCAGGAGGCAGUACAGCACGGAGAUGGUGCCUGAGCUUUUACCACAGCAUGUGACCUAUGGAGGACCUUCAUCAUACCAUUAUGCUCUCAAACAGAAGACCUACCAGACAAACAGCAAGACAGAAGUCACUGUCUGAGGGAAAAUGUUUUACAAGCAGCAGACCUGUAUUCAAAGACAUCCAAAUGGUGUGACUGUGGGCUUCUUUGAGAUUUAUGGUUUCGCUGAACUUCCAAACCCUGCUGCUUUGCUUUCCUUAGGGUUCUUCUGCCUUUGUCUGCUUAGUCCAUAUCUGGUCUGCAUGUCCACUACAGUAUGCUCCUCACAUAUACAUUGGGGAGCAUUCAUCCUAGAAUGCAGGAAUGGUCCCUAGGUCCUAGAGCACUGAGAUCCAACGUCCACCAACCAACACCAACAAACUAAAUGUUAACCUGGUGUACCAUACCUGUAUGCAUGAUUGGGAAUUUCUGUUCACAUUGAUUAAUUUGGUCAGUUCUAUUUCUGGAACAUUCUGAAGCAGGGGUGUUCAGUCCAGGUCUGGGAGAUCCAUCACCCUGCGGGGUUUUGCCACAACUGUAGCAUACCUACUCCAGGUGACGAAGGCCAUCAGGGACAUCUGACUAUCAGAGCCAGCUGUAUUGGAUCCAACCUCUCAAGGGUGGUCGAUCUCCAGGUCCAUGAGUGGACACCCCAUUCUAAAGCCAACAGCCAAAAGCUGUAGGUGUUUGUUAGAGGACGCUGGGCCGGUGUUCCAUGGCCUUAAGGCUACAUCAGCUCCACAAGGAGAAUGCCUCUAUCACAUCAGCCCUCCAUCUACCUCCACUGGCAAGGAGAGUGAAUGUGGAUCACCAUCCUGGCCAUCUUUACAUGAAAAUGAUUAAGAAGAAAAGCUACAGAAAGCGAAUAUGAUUCCUUAACCUGAGGCAGUAGGUAAUGUUGAGCGAAAAUGUCUACUCUAAUUCAAGGAUGUACUGAGGGAUGACCAAAGGGUCAUGUCCCCUGUGGAUUCAUACCACUGGGGGGUGUUAGCACAUCUUUUGGCCUUCCUGAGUGGGGUGGUCAGUGAAGGAUUGUGAAGUUCCAGAGGUUAGUAUUCCAGGUCACAUGAACUGUAGGUGAGAUCUUGUAAGAUCUCUAAUUAGUCCAUUUAAACUAUUAUUUUUGUAGGACCUGAAGCAUCCAAACCCUAACUUAACCCUAACUUAACCAGGGGACCAGCCAUAUGUCUGGAGAAGUGAAGUUUAUUUAUUUGCGUGCAGGCACCAGACACCUAGCCAGCCCAUAAGACACUGGACUGAUGCAGUUUUAUAGCAUGGACUGAUGCUCAACCUAUUCAUGACAAGUGACAGGUGUGACAGACAUGACCAUGUAGGGAUAAACAAGAAUAGACAGAAGAAUGUUCCAAAUACAGUCACAGUACAGACACACAGAAUACUGAAUAAAAUGACAUAUAACGCAACACUAAACACAUUACAGAGCAGUACAUUUCUACAGACUUCAGCCUUGUUUAUUCCAGAAAACGAACAUAAGACUAGUUAACAUGACAGAUGGAAAGGCACCCAGAGGUAAAUUGUUCAAAUGUUGCUCUUUAAUAACAUAGGAGACGUAAUGGUGUUCCUUCAAAAAUUCAUUAUGAGAAAAUAGCAUUAGACAAAAGGGAGACAUGAGAUCUAGAAGAAAUUAUAGAUGAGCGUAGCUGCAGAUGAAUAUGAAUGUUAAAGUCUUGACAAAUCUGAGCAUAAUGUGAGACUUUAUCUCUAUUAAAACUGAAGAGGAGACAGAUGUGAAAUUACUGAAGUUUUUUCUCAGGAGAAACAUCUGAACAGCAGGUGAAUUAAGCAAAAGACUCCUUUGUCUUUCCACACAGAGGUAGUAAGGAGAUCUCUUUUACAUUUUUUUUCCUAUAAAAAGAAAUCCUCAGGCUUGUCUAUGGAAUAUGAGAUCCAUAAGACUUUAACUUGAGUAGCUAAGUAAAAUUGGAUUGCCUUUGCUGCUGUCCAGACUUCUUUUCUAAUGAAAAAACAAUGCAGAAGUCACUAUACAAUACUUUCAUACAAUCCCCUUUUUUGUUCAAUUUUGAGACCUUUAAAUGAUUUUAAAGGUCCAAAAACACGGGGACAUGGUCUCACAAUUAAACCAGGCAAACCCAACCUUGUGGUUUGGACUUCAGUCAGUAAGUUUAGGAUUUCUGUCCUUUUCUCCAUCUUUCCUCAACUUCUCCAAACAGAAGGUAAAUGCAGCUGAGACUCAGUUGUGUUGUGCUGUUCCGAGCUAUUCUUUUAACUUCUCGGCAGAGCAGGACAGCUUAGGCAAGAAUGCUUAUUCAUUCAGCUAACGAUCCAGAGCAAUAAUCUGGAACUGUGAAAUCUCUUUCCCCGUACGUAUGAGAAUCUAGCUCGGAGAUUCCUCCUAGACCUCCAACAACUGUGACCUUCCAUCAUCUGCAAGGACAUUAGGGAGCAGAUGAUAAGCUGUGUUGCUUCAUUGUUACAUCUGACCCUAUGCAAAGGCAAAAUGGUGAACCUACCUGUGUUGAGCUUUCUGCAAGGUGAGAUCUUUUCUUCAUAACAAUGGAUCCUGAUUGUCUUCUCUUCUCAGCACCUGAAGACCAAGCACAACAAACACGACUGUUACCUCAGAAACAUUUGUUCCUCGGCACUUUUUACACCAGAAAGUAUUUGAGAAAUCAAAGCACAGGAAGACCUAAAAGUAAUACUGGCUGUGAGCUAAAAGAUUAGCCUUGUAUUAAUUUGUUAUAUUAAUGAGGUGUUGUCUAUAGUGACCAGUUAGCACUUGAACUGAAAUCAAGUUUUUGUGCUGUUAAAAAUAUGGUACAGCACUUGAAAUAGAGUCACAAACCAAACUGAACGCACCUCUUGGGCGAGACUCCCAAAUAAGAUGUUCCAUGAUCGAGGGGAUGAGGUUAGAGAUCAUUUAGGAACCUGCAUUUCAAGCCCAUUUUAUCUACAGCAAUACAAUACAUAAUGUUUUAUAUCUGAAGAUUUUAGUUUGCAGUAUUUGUACUACAGUAUUUGUAUGUUUGUAGUAUCGAAAACUGUGUGUAUUUUAAAGUGCUUCUGAUCGUCUCCAGUAUGGAACCAUGCAUUCAUUCAGAUCUGAUAACCCUGUGAACUUCACCUCUGUGCACUUUUGUUAUCUUAACAUUUCCACACAGCACUUACAUUUCAUUAUUCUACACACGUAUUUGUGUGGGGAGCACAUAACCAACAGAAAUUUGUUAAGCAACUUUGUAAGAGAUAUCUGUACAUGUAUUAAUAUAGUAAGUGUUGCGAUUUAAAGUAAUUAAUAUAUGUGUAUAUACCAUUAUUAUUCUACUGAACUUUUUAUUUAUAAAAGGGCUUUUCAGAACAAUUGGAAACAAAAAAGGAUAUGACUUUUUCUUUAAUGGGUAAAAAAAAAGCCUCCUGCCUGCAAAGUGGUCUGAUUUUUUUUCUCAAAUUAAUAUCUCAGGAUUGACUUUUAAGAUAAUCUUGAGAUAGUUAUGCUGAGAAAGAUUAUUUUGAGGUCAUUCUCGAAAUGUUUUCUUUGUAUAAGUUUCUCAGGACAAGUUUCUCAAGAUAUUUAUCUGAAGAUGUUUUUCUCGAGACAAUGUGAGGGAGAUACACCCACUGUGGACACUAGAUGGCAGCAAUAUGCUGUUCAGGGAGCACUGUUCCCUACAUCCUGGCCCUUGGUGUUUUGGAGUGUUCUGGUUAAAAGUGGCAUUAAAGUUUGAGGUUCAGCAAAUUCCUCUGAUUCCGAAACAUGCCACUUUUAAAACAAGCUUCAAAUGGCACUCUGAUAUAAUGACGUCUGCUGGUAAGCACUGAAACUGCAUCUUUGUGUUUUCUACUCACACCCUCUGGCUGGCAGGAGACUUUUUUAAAAGUAACCCCAAAGUAGAGUAACUGCAUUGAACGUUACUUGAAAUCUGGGCCUGUGUUCAUGAAGAUUCCUGAAAUAGCUGAUGUAGGAUCAGAUUCCUCUGUUAUUCACGACAAUCUAACAGGAUCAGAUUCUAGAUCAGCACUACUUCAGAGAAGCUUUAUGAAUACUGACCCAGCGUUUUAAGGAGGUAACAUGGAAGAUGGACUUUAGGGUUGGUUUCUUAGACAGGGAUUAAGCUUAGUCCUGGACUACACAGAAACCCCCACUGAAAGGAAUAUGUAGUCCAGGAUCAUCCAGGUAACCAAACCUCAAUGUUAGGUGCUGAAGCUUGCUAGUUGGUCACAGAAUGUCAUAUGAAGGGCGCCACACAAUGAACAAGAGAAUCAGUUUUCACAGACUUAAUAAAACGUCAGAUUCUCUGUUAGCUCCCUCUACAAAUUCCCUCUAGAAUAUUAAAGAGAAUAUAAUAGCUGAGCUGAGUGUGAGAGAAUGUCGACUUUUAAAAAAUAUCUGUUUGACAAAUAUACUAAUCAAGAUUAUAGAAGCAAAAGAUAUGAAGCAAAAAGUUUAGAUCCACUGACUUGUACAUUGAACACUGUUCUUAAAUGCUUUCCGAAUAAACCUAUUACAAAAGUUUCUGAAUUUCUCUGCAGAUUUUGUUCUGCUGCUGUUAAACUGUGUUGUUUGUGAGUGCAUCAGUGUUUCCAGCAGAAAUCCUGUGCCAUUCCUAUUUGCUGUUCCAGGUGACAGAAGACAGCAGAGCUAAAAUAUAGAAUCUCUGUUCAUUUUAGUGGCUUACAAACAGUGACGUAUUGCUACAGUGAGCCUAUUUAUGAAGGGGUUAUGCACAUUGAAAAUUUCGUGAACUUUAUCUCCCUCUCCUGGGCAAUUUGGGUAUUGCAGACAGAUUCACGGAUAGAAAA